GUGAUCUUGGGUAUUGAUUGGUUGAGACCACAGCAUGCUGUGAUUGAUUGUUUUGACAUGGUGGUGUCAUUUCAUAGACCUGGGGAGCCAGUGUUUCAUUAUCGUUGCCUCAGGUCAGAUAACGCCAUGAGAUCAGGAGUUUUAGCACACGUGGAGUCGGUGGAUCAGAAAGUGACUAUCGCAGACAUUGUGGUGGUAUCUGAGUUCGGUGAAGUGUUCCAAGAGAUACCGGGACUACCUCCUCGAAGAGUGGUAGAUUUCUGCAUUGAUGUAGUGACUAUCAAGAAUAGGUAUCCCUUACCUAGGAUUGAUGACUUGUUCGAUCAGCUCAAAGGUGCUACAGUGUUCUCUAAGAUUGAUUUGAGAUCCGGUUAUCAUCAACUCAGAGUGAAGGAAGAAGAUAUAUCGAAGACAGCCUUCAGGACCCGGUAUGGACAUUAUGAGUUUGUCGUCAUGCCAUUUGGUCUAACGAAUGCACCAGCUGUCUUCAUGAGUUUGAUGAAUCAAGUAUUUAGCCCGUACUUGGAUGAGUUUGUUGUGGUGUUUGUGGAUGACAUUCUGAUAUACUCCAAGACACAAGCUUCAUUGACCAAGUUGACCAAGAAAGAUACUCCGUUCGUGUGGACGGAUGCAUGUGAGGAAGCAUUCAGCAAACUAAAGACUAGACUGACCACAGCUCCAGUGUUGACGAUUCCUUCUAGUGGUGGUGGUUAUGUCAUUUACAGUGAUGCUUCGCUCCAAGGUUUGGGUUGUGUGUUGAUGCAGCAUGGAGGAGUUGUUGCUUAUGGUUCGAGACAGUUGAAGAUUCAUGAGAAGAAUUAUCCGACACACGACCUAGAGCUUGCGGCAAGCUUGAAGUACUUGUUCUCACAGAAGGAGCUGAAUAUGAGGCAGAGGAGAUGGAUGGAACUCCUCAAGGACUAUGACAUCACAUUAGAGUACCACCCGGGGAAGGCAAACGUGGUGGCUGAUGCCUUGAGCCUUUGGAAGUGGGAGCAGAUAUCUAUGGAUUUUGUGACCGGAUUGCCUAGAUCGAAGAAGGGUCACGAUGCCAUAUGGGUGAUUGUCGAUCGAUUGACGAAGUCGGCUCAUUUUCUCCCAGUGUCGAUGAAGUACUCAGUGGACGUGCUUGGGAAACUAUAUGUGGAUGAGGUAGUGAGACUUCAUGGUGCUCCAGUUUCUAUUGUUUCCGAUAGAGAUGCACGUUUCACUUCGAAGUUCUGGGGUGGAUUGCAGAAGGCGAUGGGCACUACCUUGGAUAUGAGUACAGCUUUUCACCCUCAGACGGAUGGACAGACAGAGAGGGUGAAUCAGGUGAUGGAAGACAUGUUGAGAGCAUGUGUGUUGGAUUUCAAGGGUAGCUGGGAAGAUCAUUUGAGAUUGAUUGAGUUUGCCUACAACAACAGCUAUCAUUCUAGCAUUGGCAUGGCACCGUAUGAGGCACUUUAUGGUAGACCAUGUCGAUCUCCGAUCUGUUGGGCCGAAGUUGGUGAUGAGGCACUGAUGGGCCCAGAGGUGGUUCAGGAAACCACUGAGAAGAUCUCGAUCAUUCGGGAUAGAAUCCGAACCGCUCAGAGUAGACAGAAGAGCUAUGCAGACCUGAAGAGGAGACAUGUGGAGUUUGAGAUUGGUGAUCAUGUGUUCUUGAAAGUUUCACCUAUGAGGGGUGUAGUGAGAUUCGGCAAGAAGGGAAAAUUGGCACCGAGGUAUGUUGGGCCCUUUGAGAUACUUGAGAAGGUGGGCGAACUAGCUUAUCGACUAGCCUUGCCUACUAGUAUGUCGGGUGUUCACAAUGUCUUCCACAUUUCCAUGUUGAGGAAGUAUGUACCAGAUGAGUCACAUGUGAUUGAUCAUAGCACCAUUGAGGUGAAGGAAAAUGCUACAUUUGUGGUCGAACCGGUUCGUAUUCUGGAUAGAUCCACAAAGAAGCUUUGGAGGAGAGCAGUUGAGCUGGUCAAGGUACUAUGGAGUUACCAUGAUGAGGGUGAUGCAUCAUGGGAGCUGGAGUCGGAUAUGAGGAUCAGAUAUCCACAGUUGUUGUUGGUGGAGAUCGGAGGGAAAGAUGGAAGGGGAGGUUACCGCCGCUUUAGACGGCGAGUGAGGUCGCCUAUAUUCCGUGGUUUGAUGCUCUUUGAGCGUAAGCGUGGCGCUGGUACUACUACAACGAGGGACCUGGGGUCUAAUUCGAGGGACAUCGGCGGUUCGAAACUUACCGGUCACUUCCGCCGAGGCCGAACUAUGAGUAUGAAUAUGGAGGAGAGGCUAGAGAGUAGAUAA